CCCUAGGGCGCGGAGGAGAGAAGGGUUCAGAAUCGCCACAAUGUCGAUGUCCAAGAGCUCCAAGAUGCUUCAAUUCAUCAACUACCGCAUGCGCGUCACGAUCCAAGACGGCCGCCAGCUCGUCGGGAAGUUCAUGGCCUUCGACCGCCACAUGAACCUCGUCCUCGGCGACUGCGAGGAGUUCCGUAAGCUCCCGCCGUCAAAAGGCAAGAAGAACAACGAGGAACGCGAGGACCGCCGCACACUCGGGAUGGUCCUCCUCCGCGGCGAAGAGGUCGUCUCCAUGACAGUCGAGGGUCCGCCGCCUCAGGAAGAGUCCAGAGCCAAAGCCUCCAGCGCCGCCGCCAUGGCCGGACCUGGAAUCGGCCGCGGCGCCGGGAGAGGAGUCGUCGCGCCACUCGCUCAGGCUCAGCCGGGUCUCUCCGGUCCGGUUCGCGGCGUCGGUGGGCCUGCUCCUGGCAUGAUGCAGCCUCAGAUUUCUCGCCCGCCGAUGAACUAUCCGGCUGCGCCGGUGCUCAGGCCACCGGGCCAGAUGGCUGGUUAUCCAGGGCAGGGGCCUCCACAGAUGACUCGUGGACCACCGCCUUCUAUGCCUCCUCCACAGUUUGCUAGGCCCGGCGGACCGCCGCAGUUUCCACCAGGUCCUCCACCAAUGCAGUUUGCUCAGAGACCAAUGGGGCCUCCUGGCCAGAUGAUGAGGGGUCCACCGCCUCCUGGAAUGCAAGGUCCACCGCCUCGUCCUGGGAUGCCUCCUCCACCUGGUGGUGUUCCUGUGUAUGGACCUCCUCGUGGCAUGCCGCCUCCACCCAACAACCAGAACCAGCAACAGUGAUUUGGCAUGAACAGGUUAUGAUUGAAGAAUUUCCAGAGGUGUUGAUUGCCGGACGUUAUGAACCUAGAUUCAGUUUUAUGAAUGAGAAUGAGCGUGUCUGAAUAGAGUACUUUUGGCAUCGCUAUGAUGUAUCAGCACAUUGAACUAGUUAUCUGUACAACCUGAUGAUGAUUGUUAGAAUUCGGUUUGUCCUUUAAUUUCAGCACUAUACUUGCCCCCUGCUCUCUGUUGAUGAUGAGGUUAUUAGAAUUAUGUUUUUCCUUCACAUUUCAGCACUAAAAUUACCCCCUGCCCUCAUGUUGAUGAUGAGGUUAUACCGUUGGAUGCAUCAAAAGCUUUUCCCAGAGUUUUGGUAGCAUCCAUCCAAAUUUUUAAUCAAAUUGAACCGUUGUGUACUAGGGGUGGGUUUAGUUUUGUUCGGUUCGGUUCGAUUUGUCUAUCAAUUAAUUUACUUA